AGGAAGAGAGAAAGAGAGAGGUGAGUGCUGUAGCAACUUCCUGCUGUUGCAUGAGGCAUUGAGUUGCUGUUAUUUUCUCUCUGUCUGAAACUCUGACAGACUGUUGCACAGAGAGAAGAGGGAGCUGACUGAAGCUAAGCAGGAUGCAGGCUAUCAAAUGUGUUGUUGUGGGAGAUGGAGCUGUGGGGAAAACAUGUCUUCUCAUCAGCUACACAACCAACGCUUUCCCUGGAGAAUAUAUCCCUACUGUCUUUGAUAACUACUCAGCCAAUGUGAUGGUGGACAGUAAGCCAGUCAAUCUGGGUCUCUGGGAUACAGCAGGACAGGAGGACUAUGACAGACUUAGACCACUGUCCUACCCACAGACGGACGUGUUCCUCAUCUGUUUCUCUCUGGUGAGCCCAGCCUCCUACGAGAACGUCAGAGCCAAGUGGUACCCAGAGGUGCGUCACCACUGCCCGUCAACCCCUAUCAUCCUAGUGGGUACUAAGCUGGAUCUGAGGGACGAGAAGGAGACCAUCGAGAAGCUCAAAGAGAAGAAACUGGCCCCCAUCACCUACCCACAAGGCCUAGCGCUGGCCAAGGACGUUGACUCUGUAAAGUACCUGGAGUGUUCUGCUCUGACCCAGCGUGGCCUGAAGACAGUGUUUGACGAGGCUAUCAGGGCAGUACUCUGCCCACAGCCAACCAAGGUCGGGAAGAAGAAAUGUCUACUGCUCUAACAGAUGCAGCUAAGAGUGAAAAUGGACAGCGAACAAACCAGGGAGCCAGAUGUUAACUCAAAAAGGACUUUUAGUUUUUCUGUGCUAGAAGAAAAAACAUUGAUUUAUGAAAGCCUACAUGGUUAAAUAAAUAUAAAAUAUUAUAAUUAAGUAAUGUUAAAUCUAUUACAAUGGUCUCUAAUGUGUGCUUGUUAGGUACUGGUAUAUAGUGUAUGACAUCUGUGUUUCUGUCAAAUGGAUAGAUAGAUAAUUUGAUAAAGAUGAGGGUUUAAGCACCAUUAAACUAGUCUACAAAAUCUGGGAAAUUGAGCUGUAGAAACGGAUUAGAGUGUGUCCACUUUUGGUUAUCUUACCCUAACAAUGUAACCUUAAAACGCAUAUUGAUUAUCUCCGUCUGGGUACAACAUUUGAAAUAAAACUGCCCUUAAGGUCUGAAAAUGUUAUAUUUUUCUUCCCAGUAUGAGAGAAGUUGCGGGAUUAAUUGAAUAAACUGUUUUCCAUAAAGUUAGAGAGAAUUAAGAGGGAAUCUCGACGUAAUUUAUAAUGUCGUACAAAGCUUAAGGUUUUCCAUCAAAUUAAUUAUCAUUGCGUGAUUAAUGUGAUGUAGUAAAGUCAUUGAAAGACGUUGCAGAAGUAAACAUAAUCUACUUUUAUUCAAAGGCACAAGAUCUGUUUCCUAGUCAUUAACUGUCCAUUUUAUUCUUUGAUUGCUAAUCUAUUCAUUUGGCAUAUGGAAAUCAUCGCUGGAGUAAUGCUUGGUUUGAUUGUUUAGGUAACACCAGUGAAUUUGAGCAGGAAAGUUAAUGUAGUCUAACAUUAUAGUAUGUUUCCAUUAGGUGGAACAAUGUCAGGUCAUUAAAGUUGAUUGCAGGUUGAGUAGUUUGAGAGCCUGUUGGCAGAAGACUGAAUGGGUAUGAAUGUUGAAAAGCAAGCUUGGGCCAAACUAGUAAACUAGUAUGUUAAGUGGGGGAGUAUCAUAGAUUUUAAUUAUAGUGUUGUUACCGCUAUAGUCAAAACUAUUUCAUAUGUUUUGGGAAAUUAGCUGGGUUGAAUUUGGUUAUUUGAGUUACCUUUUUUAUUUGUUUUUUAAAAGAAAGAUUGGAAUCAAGUAUGAUGCCUUGGUACUUAAAAUCAGAUACUACUGGGAGCUUUUCCCCUGAUACAUAGACAUCUGUCUCAGGGGCAUCAGUUGGUGUUUUUUUAACAUGCAGACUGUGUUUUAUUUUAUUGAGAUGUAAACAUGAGCCUCUGAGCAAUUUUGUCAUCUGAACCAUUAUAAUAGUGCGUUCUUGUGUAGAUUGUUUGUUAUUUGCAUGAAUUUAUCACUGUAUCAUCUGCAUACAUUGGAACUUCAGACCCUGUACAGACCAAAGGAAGAUCAUUAAUGGAUGAGCUGAACAGUAUUGACCUUUGGGGAAUGAAAACUUUGUGGAUAUGAGUGGAAAAAAGUUUGUUUCGAUUUUUACGCUGAUAAGACAGCGCCAACUUUUGAAAGAUUUUAGAUUUGUUAAAAAUCAGGAUCGUCUUUACUAAAUUUAUAUCAACAGGUUGAAAUUAUUAGAUUGCUAAUUAAAGGGGUUUGUUUAUUUGUUUGUUUGUUUUAGGAGUUGAUUUAACUUAAUUAAACAUUGAACUCUGAUGUGUUUGAGGAGGAUUCUUUCUUCCGGGACGGAUGGAAGUUAUCUAAAUAUGUAAGUUGAAGGAGCCAUGGGAGAACACGUUUACAUUUUUAUUAAAUGCCUGGGAUUAAAUGACUGAUUUCUUACGCUGAGAAAUGUACUACGUUUGCGACAGAGGAAAAAGUAUUUAGAUAGUAAGGAUAAUUGUAUCUAAGGGUAACAUGUUCAAUUAAGCAUACAUAUACAUUGAUGUUGAUUAAAACUUAUGAUUCAUGAUGUGAGGUACAGUGGAGUUAUCAUUAGGUUUGGUUUAUAGUUCAUUUUUGAGUUUCUGAAUCGAUGUAGUGUAAUAAAUACUAACAAAGUG